AUGGUUUAUGAGGGUGUCGAAGGCAGAACAAACUAUUCUCAAGUCUAUGUUCUGUUAGUUAUCAUGCUUUUGUUCAGCCAAGAUGAAGUCUUUAACGACAAUAUCCAAAAAAUCACAAUGACGUACCAGCCUUGGUUUACUGAAAGGUUGCUAAAGUCUAUCUCGCUUGGUGGCCUAGCUGUUGCUAUCGUCAUUCGAACUAUCCAGUACAACCUAGCGCAGCACAAGGAUGUUUACUUUCAUACUAAUUCAUUAGCAAUCUUAGCCAAUAUGUCCAACUCAUUACAGGACAUGCAUCCAUACGUCUCUCAGAGACUUGUAACUUUAUUUGACAUGAUCGCACGAAGAUACCAAAAGCUGGCAACCAAGCAAACGCUAUUAGAUGAGAACAUCGACAAGAACGCCGAUGUAAUUAUCUAUGGGGACAUGGUCACACUCGUCCUCGAAAUCAUAAAUUCUACUCUGACGCACAAGCUCAAGGCAAAUCCUCAGCUUGUUUAUUCAUUGCUUCACAAGCAGGAGAUGUUUACGUAUUUCCGAAAUGAUUUGAAGUUUAAAGACCUCAUUUACAACAUUGAACAAGCUGUUAAUUACUUUCAACAAAAGGUAUCCGAGGCAAAUAUCAAAGCACCAACGCCUGAGGAGGUGGCUCAGGUGAUUCAUACGGCUUCUAGGACGUGGCCACCUAAUCUUAUGAAGGUAUAUCCAGACAUUAAGUUUGAGUAUGAGGAACAAGAACAGUCAAACGAUUUCUUCUGUCCUUAUGUAUGGUCGCUCCUAUACAGGAACAUGUUUGUACAUUGGGACGAGGAAAAAGCUAGGAUUUUACAUGAAUAUAGAACAGCGGUGGGCGACGAGCAUGCUUUUGAUGGCAUGCUCAUCGGGAACCAGGCAUAG